AUGCUGGGCGUGGCUCGCCGCGCGGUGGGCGCACUGGGCACGGCGGCUGGCCGGGCCGGCCGUGCCCAAGCGCCACAAGUCUGGCAGUCGGUGCCAGCAGCAUGUCAGCUGGAGGCCAGGCGUGGCUACCGCCAUUGGUGGCGUGUUCUGCCUGAGGACUUUGAGCUGAACACUGAGUCUAUGCCAAAGGAUGUGAAGUCUUUGAUGGCCAGCAACCCUUACAACUUGGGGUUCAUUGAUGCGUACUGGUACUGGAGGAUUCGUGCUGAAAGCACCAUCAUGGAUCCAGAAAAUCUGCCGAAGAAGUCCUACAAGCAGCUUUGCCGUGACAUGGGCCUGACAAUUGUGAACGAGGCUGCAGAAAACAUCCUCGGUGUCAUUGAGCUUUACGAGUACCUGAAAUCUUCACCAUUCAUUGGGCCCUUUGGAACCAUCGAAAACCCUGUGCUGGUCCCCGCCAUCCACACUGAGCGUGUUGUUGGAUGCACUGGCGGCACCGGUGACAAUGAGCAUGUCCCUCUUUGGUUCCGCUGCCGUGAGGGUUUCUUGUACCGUUGUGGUGAGUGUGACCAGAUCUUCAUGUUGGUGAGAGUCCUGUACGAGCUUCCAGAAGAGGGUGCCGAGAUCAAUCCUAUUGACCCGGAUGUGAAGGAUGUCUUUGAUUUUGCUUUGCUAGAGAAGGGCAAUGAGGUCUGGAACACAGGUGGCUUCAUCAAUUGGCCAACUGGCUAUGAUGCCCUGCAUGGCACCGAAUUAGGCGGUAAGCCCGACGCUUCCAGCUCCCCUGGUCGCGUUACGCCGCGGCCUGGCGUCGGCAACGUGCGCCCCGUGAUGCUGGGCGUGGCUCGCCGCGCGGUGGGCGCUCUGGGCACGGCGGCUGGCCGGGCCGGCCGUGCCCAAGCGCCACAAGUCUGGCAGUCGGUGCCAGCAGCAUGUCAGCUGGAGGCCAGGCGUGGCUACCGCCAUUGGUGGCGUGUUCUGCCUGAGGACUUUGAGCUGAACACUGAGUCUAUGCCAAAGGAUGUGAAGUCUUUGAUGGCCAGCAACCCUUACAACUUGGGGUUCAUUGAUGCUUACUGGUACUGGAGGAUUCGUGCUGAAAGCACCAUCAUGGAUCCAGAAAAUCUGCCGAAGAAGUCUUACAAGCAGCUUUGCCGUGACAUGGGCCUGACAAUUGUGAACGAGGCUGCAGAAAACAUCCUCGGUGUCAUUGAGCUUUACGAGUACCUGAAGUCUUCACCAUUCAUUGGGCCCUUUGGAACCAUCGAAAACCCUGUGCUGGUCCCCGCCAUCCACACUGAGCGUGUUGUUGGAUGCACUGGCGGCACCGGUGACAAUGAGCAUGUCCCUCUUUGGUUCCGCUGCCGUGAGGGUUUCUUGUACCGUUGUGGUGAGUGUGACCAGAUCUUCAUGUUGGUGAGAGUCCUGUACGAGCUUCCAGAAGAGGGUGCCGAGAUCAAUCCUAUUGACCCGGAUGUGAAGGAUGUCUUUGAUUUUGCUUUGCUAGAGAAGGGCAAUGAGGUCUGGAACACAGGUGGCUUCAUCAAUUGGCCAACUGGCUAUGAUGCCCUGCAUGGCACCGAAUUAGGCGGUAAGGCCCGAGACGAAGAUCAGCGUGCCAUCGGAGAGUGAGGAUACUGAGAGAGCUUAUUGAUGUUGACUGAAACUGUCGUACAUACUUUAAAUCCAGCAAGCAUUGCAAGCAUUCAGGUUAUUUCACAUUUUCUUCUUCUGCAAUUGUCAUUGUUCUCAUUUCAUUGUUGCUUCAAUUGAUUGAUGACUUAGCUUGGAUGAAUAACGCUUCCAGAGUGAGAGAACACUGCUUGAUGUCUGAGAAA